AUGCCGUCUCGUUCACACUUUGAAAAGCUGGGAGCUCUGCUUUCCGUCAUUGGCAGCGCCUGGGCAAAGACCGUCACUACCACAAAUGGAACCAUUGAGGGCGGCAAGUGCGACGGUUACGAUGUAAACUCUUUCCUAGCAAUUCCAUAUGCUCAGCCUCCUGUGGGAGACCUUCGCUUUGCCGCACCAGAACCAUAUAACACGACAUACGAUGGGGUAUUGAAGGCCACGUCUAAGGCCCUCAACUGCCCUCAGUUUACCACCGGCGGAGAACUUGUGGAAGGGGCCUUCUCUGAAGACUGCCUGUACUUGGACAUCUGGGUCCCAGCGAGCGCAACCAAGACCUCGAAACUACCAGUCAAAGUUUGGUUGUUCGGUGGCAGUAACAAGGGCGGGAGUAUCUCAAUGGCUCUCUACGAUGGUUGCCCCUCGGCUAGAGAUAGCAUCGUUGUGUCCCUCAACUAUCGCCUCGGCCCCCUUGGAUUCCUGGCGUACGAGGAUGCUGGCCUUAGAGGCAACUAUGGUAUUCAAGACCAGCUACUAGCACUAAGCUGGGUUCAGAAGGAGAUCGGUGCCUUUGGCGGCGAUCCGGACAAGGUUCUGUUAUUCGGGCAGUCGGCCGGCGCCUACGACACCUACGUCCUCAGCUCUCUGCCCCAGGCACCCUCUCUUUUCCGCGCCGCGGCCAUGGAGUCUAGCGGAGGACAUGACUCGCCAAACCUAGCUUGGACAAAGCCAUUUUAUUCGGAAUAUAUUAGCGGAGUUGGCUGCGACCUGGAUGAUCCUGACUCCAUCACCAAGUGCCUGCGCAGCACAUCCAUAACGGCUAUGAACAAGACGUGGCAGGCCGAAAACAACGCCGGCCCAGACGUCCCUACUGUAGGCACAUUAUAUCAUGGCAAUGGCAUCGGUAGCGCUUGGCUUGCCGUGGUUGACGGCAAGGUCGUCCCCGAGAACCCAGGCAAGGUUGGUUCUCGCGUUCCAGCCAUCUUUGGCAACACGGCCAACGACGGCAGCAUCGACGUUCUUACGCAAUAUGGCACCGGCAUUGUGAAUAUUACCGAGGCCGAUUACGAUGAGUUUUUGUCCUAUAGCUUUGGAUCGCUUGCAUCCACCGUCAAAAAAACGUACCCUUGGAGUGCCUUUAAGGACUCGCCUUAUCCUGGUUACACGGCUAUGACAACUAUCAGCACUGACUACUCCGAGAUAUGCCCCAAUUAUCGUGCCCUAAAGCUUGCUGCCAAGAACGGUAUCGAUGCCUGGGCCUACAACUUCAACCACACCGACACCUGCGCGUGGGGAUUCGAUGUGCCGCAGUCAGAUGAGAUUCUCGCCAUUCUCGGUCCGACGCACACGAGCGAGAUCCCUUUUGUCUUCGGACAGACCAAGGGACUACCAAGACCUGAUGGAAACUGCAGCUUCACCAAGGCUGAGGUCGCCCUCAGCGACUUCAUGGUCGAGGCAUGGACAAGCAUGGCGGCUAAUGGACAGCCAGCCAACAGCAGCCAGUGGCCAGCUUGGACGCCCAGUGAAAGCGAGGGCAUCACAAUCAACGAUGUGGUAGAUGUCGGACCGCUGGACUAUAAGAAGUGUGAGUUUUGGGACCAAAUCCUCGAGGCCGCGCUUGCACUGGAUGCGAAUGGCACCACCACAAAUGUAUCUACAAGUGCGAGCUCUACGACAUCUCCAACUUCUUCACCAACGUCGGGCAGUAACAGCUUCUGGGCUCCUGGGGGAACUAUUGCCUGCUUGUCUCUCCUUCUUGUGACCUUUUUGGUCAAUUGA